AUGGGUAAAAAGAAGUCGGCGAAAAAACGUCGCUCCUCAGUGAAAAGUCAGGCAGAAUUGAAGAGUUUACGACGAGUUUCAUUACUAGAUUCGGCCACCCCGGAACCGAAGGAGAAGGCGAAGCUUUCAAAGGGCACUUCCCCUCCAUCACUGCCAGAAAAGCCUGUCAGUGAUAAUGGAAAGUCGACACGACAACGAAUAGCUUUUGUCCUUCCACGGGUCCCUGGAAAGAAACCACAAGCUUAUGUUUUUGACAAAAAGAGGCAAAAAGACAAAAGCAACAAGGCCACUCAGCCGACAAUCCAAGAAGAUGAUGACGACAACGGAAUUUCAAACAUUUUGAAGUCAACUGAAACCAUAGAUGAUAUACUGUUUCCAAACAGACGUCGAGAUUCUUCUGAAGAUCGCCAAUUACUUGGGGCCGAGCCGAUGGAAACAGAUGCUUCUCCCAGGAAGGCAAUGAUUUCAGGUGGUAGAUUCAUGCUUACGCAAGCAUCAACUUUCAAUGAAACUCAAAGCACAGUAGAAAAGAGACACGAGUUGAAUCUACAGUCUCCCAAAAGUAAGGAAGAUCGAAAUCAACGGAAGCUGUCAGAUCCAACGUCUCCCAAUAGUUUGGGCAAACUCUCUGGUCUUUCAGUUGAAGACGCAGUAAAGGACAAGUAUGGUCUUCGCCCUCGAGCGAAUUCGACUGAUGGAGAGCUCAAGCUUCCACAACGUGGACUAUGUGAUGAACGAAUGGUACUUGAAUCACAUCGGUGGAAAGAAGAUCAAAAUUAUGUCCAUCAAGUUGUCCCAAAAGGCUUCAUCAACUUAGGGAACACCUGUUUUCUGAAUGCAACCCUCCAGUGCUUGGCAUAUUUGCCACCCUUUUGUCAGUCGAUUCUCGCGAUAUCUGAAAGCAAACAGCGGCUAUCAAAGAAGAUGAAGAAGAAACUAAGCCAGGGACAGAGAAUUACAACGAUUCUGUCGACGUUGUACAAGAAGAUUCACAGCUUUGAUGAAACGAAUCGGGGCGAUGCAAUUGCACCGCAUGGUAUUGUGAAGACACUCCCAAGUAUUGGUACUUGUGGUUCAAGAAAUGGAUACAAGUUUCGGCCAGGGCGACAAGAAGAUGCGCAUGAGUUUCUUGUCCAUUUGUUAGACGCAAUGCACGAUGGGGAGUUGAAAGCUGCUGGUAUCAACCAGCAGGCAAGCGGUUGGCGAGAUAGACUUCCUGUUCCUCGUCUGGAUGAAACGACAUUUAUCCAUCGCAUUUUUGGCGGCUACUUCCGAAGUCAAGUCCGUUGUGGAUCAUGCGGUUACUGCAGUAAUACCUACGACCCUUUCCUUGAUUUGUCUCUCGAAGUCAGCAAGAAAACAUGCAGGAGCAUCCUCCAUUCCCUUGCUGACUUCACAAGCAAAGAAACACUCGAUUCAGAUAAUCGAUGGAAAUGCUCAGGAUGCAGCAAACACGUCCGUGCCACCAAGCAACUUACAGUCUUUCGGCCUCCGCUCUCGUUAUGUGUUCAGCUGAAACGAUUCUCUUUCGAAGGUGGAUUUGGAGCUCGAGGAUACUCGGCGUAUGGAACUCGUGGCUGGAAGUACGGAAAAAGCAACAACAAAUUCGGUGGGGGUGGGAAGAUAACGAAACCAAUCGAGUUUCCAGGCCAUCUGAACGUACCAUUAAGCGAUUCCCGGUCGUGCCAAUACGAUCUGACUGGAGUCGUGAUCCAUGUUGGAGGUAGUGCGAGUUCGGGACACUACACUGCCUACAUAAAGAAGCCCGGAAGGAGAGGGAAAGACCAAUGGUUCCAUGUUGAUGAUUCCUUUGUCGAGGCUGUCCCGGAAAAGACAGUGUUGAGACAACGAGAUGCCUACCUUCUAUUCUACUGUAGAAAGGAGGUCAAGCUUGAGUUUCCCUCUCCUCCACCUCAAGGAAUGUCUGCUUCUGAAGCAAUGAAGGUUAUGCGCGCACGAGCUAAAGCAAGGUCUGAUAGUUUCGGCAAAGAGUCACCAUCAGAAAUCAAUUCGAUGCAGGAGAAGGAGACUACAUCUUCCGUUGCCAGAUCUCCAAGCGUAUUUUCCAAAGGCAUCAUAGAUCAGUCAGAUUCUGAUUCCUAUGACAGUGAUUUUGAUCCAACAAAGGUCGCUGAUUCAUCUGAAUCCGAUGAUUCUGUCAGUGUUGAUCCCGAGAUUCAUGAGAGAAUUUCCGAGGGCACCACGACGGUUAUGAAAAGAACUGUAGCAACGACCCACCCAUUGUCUAGCCCGCUCCUUACGAAGAAAGGCAAAAACUUGGGUAAAUCUGAAUCACAGCUUGGGCAAGCUCUUUUCAAAAUGUCUCUGCCAAAUGAGAACGUGAAUGAACUAGAGUCGGAUUCAUCUGACAGUGAUUUUGAUCCGAAAGACCGACUCAGUGAUGAAGACUCGGACUUGGAUUCCUCCUCCGUUGAAAACAAAAGUACUAUCAACGGAUUUGGUGGUAGCAAACCUUCCGCUUCAAGCGGUAGUGAUGACUCAUCGAGUAGCAGUGACUCGUCAUCAAGCGAUGAUGACUCAUCAAAGAGUGGCGAUUCACAAAGUGACGAUGAUGGCAGUGACGACGCUUCUUCUGAAGCUGAAUCGAGUGCCAAGAUGAAUGUCCCACCUACAAAUCGCCGCGCGGAUGUGGUGAAUCUGCCUCAGAGCAGGUCUAACGACGGAUCUAUCAACAGCAAGAGCGAUAGUGAACAAAGUUCCUCCAGCAGUGAUUCCGAUAGACCGAACGAGCAAAAGAAUUCGAAGCAGAAUCCCUCGGAAUCUAGUCCUAUUAAAAGCAUAUCCAGUUCAAAGGCAUCAGUUGAAUCAUCACCAUCAGCCGAAAAGGCCACUUCGAAGCGUACUCGAGUGAUUCUUGAUCGCAAAGAUGCUCGAGAAAAAAUCCAAGUCAUGAUGGGCCCAAAGAAGAAGAAGCACUGGCAGUCAAAAGCAGCAACCGUUGGAGCGAAAGGUGAUGGCUUCGAUCUAUUGGGUAAUCUUAGCGUGUCGAAAUGGGACGACGAGGACGAUACUCCAGUGGGUGAUUCCCAAUCCCCAAGUAAAAGCUCAACUUCCGCUGAACGUCAAAAGAUCAUUGCGAAAAUCCACAAACAUGAGUCGUCAAGAAAGCGCAAGCAUCACCUUGAUCGAUGGGAUGCUCAUCUUGACCAAGGCAGGCUGAAAAAGACGAAACAAGAUAAAGCGAACAAACAAGCAUCAAUGUUUGGACAAUUUCCGAAAAACAAUGUAUUCCAGAAGAUCCAGAGCAGUGUCAGUCGAAUGAAGAAAGGAAAGCCCAAGGGUUUUUUCCAAGCAAAAGGACGAGUCACAAGUACUGCAGCCGGCCAUCGAAAAAAACGUUGA